GUCAGUGCCAAGGCCAACUGCCAAAGGCCAACAAAAUUUUUUUUUUGUCCUACCACAAAAAAGUACCUACAAAAAAGUACCUACCUAGGUAAAUAAACCGAAAUUUAAUGGAAAAUAAACCAUAAUUUUGAAGAAUUGUAGAAAUUUUUAAUUUUUGUUAUUGAGAGAGCAUGGUGUUGAGUAUUCAGAGAAGGUGGCAGCGAAGAUUUUUUCAUAAAAAAAUUCCCCGUUUUGCCUUAGGAUUGUUGUUUAUUUACAUUUAUUCUGAAUAUAUUAUUUACUACGUUAUACAAAUUCAGUGUGACUGGCCUACUUUGAAUGUUGAGGAUGAAGACUCAAAACCUGUGUAUGCCAUGGUGCUGGCUGACACGCAUCUCUUGGGAACUCGCAAUGGUCACUGGAUAGAUCGAUGGCGAAGAGAAUGGCAAAUGCACAGAGCUUUUCAAACUGCUAUGACUCUACAUAAACCUGAAGUGGUCUUUGUUUUAGGUGAUCUUUUUGAUGAGGGGAAAUGGUGUUCUCAAAAUGAAUUUGAGGACUAUGUGAAAAGAUUUUAUUAUUUGUUCAAAGUACCUGAAGGUACCACUAUGUAUGCUGUGGUUGGUAACCAUGAUAUAGGUUUCCAUUACAGCAUAACACCUCAGCUAGCUAGUCGGUUUGAGACUAAAUUAAAUUCACCACCAGUCCAACUGGUAAGCAUCAGAGGGAACCAUUUUGUGUUGAUUAACUCAAUGGCCCUGGAGGGAGAUGGCUGCUCACUGUGCUCAAGAGCUGUUACUGAAAUUGAUAAGAUAUCUGAUAUAUUAAAAUGCAGUAGCGGCUCUCCUCUAUGUAAGAGCCGAAUAAAAUUAGAACAGUAUAGCAGGCCUAUACUAAUGCAGCACUAUCCGUUGUACAGGGAAUCAGACAGUAUAUGUACAGAGCCGGACGCCGCACCGCUGCCCGAGAGAAACGCGCUGUUUGAAGAGCGCAAGGACUGCCUGUCGCGAGAGUCCACAGACUACUUGGUGGAGAGUCUUCGGCCGCGAUCGGUUUUCGGCGCGCACACACACCAUAGCUGCGUGAUUCGCCACAGCUUCAUGCCUACCGCCAAACAUAAGAUCGAAUUUAUCGAGUAUACUGUACCAUCGUUCUCGUGGAGGAACCGACCGGAUCCGAAAUAUUACUUGAUAAGUGUAACCCCCGACGAAGUGAAGGUAGCGAAGUGCGAGCUGCCCCGGGAGUGGACGAUGAAGGCGUCGGCGGCGCUCAUGUUCGUCGCUCUCGUGAUCUACACCCGUUUCGCUCGAACCGCCUCCGACUUCAGUUGUAAACAUCUAUCUGGCAAGAAGGUGUGACUAUUGCACUACAACCAUUUUUAUGCUUGUUAGAUGAGGAAGCAAGAUUGACUUCGAGGUAAUUAGGUAAUUAUUAUGCCAUAAUAUACUCUUAAAUAC